AAAACCGAAGCGAAAGCGAUACAGUAGUGACUCCCCCCUCAGCCCUUCCUCCUCCUCCUCCUCCUCCUCCUCCUCGUCUGGCCUCAAUAAGCAAACCGAGAAGUUACCACAAGUUACUGGCAACUUCUCCGCUGCACCUUCUCCACCUUAAACACACGCAGAGGACCGGUCCGACCCACCUGGAGGGAGCAAGUACACAAGAGUAAUGUCAGUAUUAACACCGUACACAGCGGGUACAGAUAGUUUCAGGUGCCGGUAGUCGGUUAGUGUCGUGAAGAGGACUAACGUUACUCGCUGCUUUGCUUUCUCUCAGAACCGACAGCCGAUAAGCGUCAAAAAGACGAGAUGCCUCACAAACACAAGUCCAAGUCCUGGACGGAGUUGAAACAAACUGGGAACGAUAUUUUCAAGGCGGGCCAGUAUGGAGAGGCCACCAAUUAUUACAGCCAGGCCAUCAAAGAGCUGGAGAAGUCCAAUAAAAAGAAUCCAGAAGAUUUGGGCAUUUUGUACUCAAACCGUGCAGCCAGCUACCUGAAAGACGGCAACUGUGCAGAGUGUGUGAAAGACUGCAACACGUCUCUGGAGUUGUACCCGUUCAAUGUGAAGUCCCUGCUGCGUCGUGCUGCUGCCUACGAGGCUCUGGAGCGUUACAGGCCGGCCUAUGUAGACUAUAAGACUGCUCUGCAGAUCGACUGCAACAUAGCAGCCGCUCACGAUGGCACCAACAGGAUGACUAAGGCGCUCACAGAGGCAGACGGUCUGUCGUGGAGAGAAAAGCUUCCUCCCAUCCCCACUGUUCCUCUGUCUGUUAGAGAGAAACUGGUCCAACAAGCUGCAGGCAACGCCGCACCACCAAACCCUACACCGAAACAGAACGGCACCAGACAAACAAACAAAUCUGCUCCCAGUGAAAAAGACAUGAAGAAAGGCCAAACCCUGAAAGAGGAAGGCAACGCCCUGGUGAAGAAAGGAGAGCACAAGAAGGCCAUAGAGAAGUACACCCAGAGCCUCAAACUCAACCCCACUGAGAUCACAACCUACACCAACCGGGCGCUGUGUUACCUGUCAGUGAAGCAGUACAAAGAUGCUGUCAGAGACUGUGACGAGGCCCUGAUGAUUGACAGCAGCAACGUCAAGGCUCUCUACAGGAGGGCUCAGGCUCACAAAGAGCUCAAGAACAUCAAAGCCUGUGAGGACGAUCUGAACAGCCUGCUCAAAGUGGAACCAAAGAACUCUGCCGCCCUGAAGCUGCUGCAGGAGGUGCAGAAGAAGAAAUGACGACACAUCAGGGACUCUGGAGGCAGCGGUAAGGAUCUGUCACUGCACUGCGUACAGAAAGGAGAGGACGACGAAUCACUGAUGCUUUUAUAAGAAGAUUUAAAAAAACAGCCGAGCAGUGACACGAUUCAGCCGCUUUAAGUCAAACACUUGACCUGUGUUUCCCAAAAGCUUCAUCCACACCGGACACGUGUUUGAUCUGCUUACUGUUGCUGGGACAAACGUGAGCUUGGUCUUGAGACGCUUCUGGAAAACGCAGCUCCGUUUGAUGAGAACUGAGGCGCCUUGGCCAUGUUUGUAUUUUACCAGUUCAAGUCACUUAGUAUUUAUGUUUAUUUAUAAGAGGUGAAAUUAUUGACACACAUCAUAGUUCUAGCUGAGAAUUAACCUUUACCGUCAUCACUUGUUAAACUUCAGCAGGUAAUCAGCCGUCACGUCGAGCUCCAAAACCUAGAUGUGUUAACAUGACAAGCUUGUUCUGCAAUCACAUGACAUCAGGUCAUGUGAUCCAGCUCCACAGACACAUGAAGUUUAUGGCUUAAAAAUGUUCUGACAUUAGAACUGAAUUAAAAAGAUGAGGUAAUUAGUUGCAGCUCAUUAGGUUUCAGAUAGGAGUGGGUGAUAUAGCAAUCUGUCAUGGUAUAUAUUGAUCAAAAUGUAUUGUGAUACAGUCAGGGUUAGGAAAAUAAAUUGAUAAAGGCCUAAUACAAGUACAGUAUUAUUUCUUUUAUUAGUACUGUCUUGUCGAUCACCUUGUUUUGUCAUUUUGCACAAAAGGUGCUAUAUAAAUAAAGUUUAUAAAGAAAACAUUUUACCUGUUGAGACGUUUACAUCGUCCCAUGGUUUACGUCAUAUUUAGCAGCUCAGGUUCUCGUUGCAGUCAAGGUAAUCGUUUGUUACUGCCAAUAACGAUAUUCUGGAAACUCAAGAUGACAUUUUCAAGUUGCUAGUUUUGUCUGACAAUCCAAAGAUAUAAUUUAACUAGCGCAUAAAACAAACGCCUUUAAAUGAUAUUUUACAGAAUGCCGUGCAGUGAAAAUAACACAAUCAGUGAAAUUGGCAAACAACCUAAAAACAGUCUCUCAACUUAAAUUUAAUCUGCUCCUUAUCGCAUCAAAGCUUAAACUGUGUGUACACCAGGUCUGAAGAACGCGUGAGGUACCCACAUUUAUAAAUAUCAGUUUGUGUGUGGCAAAAGGCGUACGCAUGGUUUUUAUGCACACACAUCAUUAAUGCACCUGGUCCCUAGUGUGUAGGAUGUAGCGGUAUCUAGUGGUGAAGCUGCAGAUUGCAACCAACUGAAACGUCUCCCGUGUGCCAAGCGUGUGGGAGAACUAUGGUGGCUGACGUGAAAACAAGAAACCAUCUUGAGCCACUGUUGUGUUUGUCUGUUCUGGUCUGCUGCAGAACAACAUGGCGGACUCCACAGACGAACAUAACGAAACAUAAACGGCUUAUUCGAAGGUAAAAACACAGUGAUUAUUGUUUUCAGGUGAUCAUACACUAAAGAAAACUUAGUUAUGAAUAUUAUAGUCCAGUUCUCCUCACCUCAAAAUUCAACCAACCCGCCCAUCCAAACUUUGGUGAUCGUAAAGGUUUAUUCUGUAUUUCAUUGACAAGUUAACGACCAUUUUUCACAUAAUGUUCUACACUCAGGUAGUUAACUUAUUUAUCCUAUAUUUGGUUUUCUGUACGUGUGAAUGUGUGUCUUUUUCUCAGUGGACUGAUAUUCAUGCCGUGUUCACGUCAUAUGGGAUGGAUUGUACUAGAGCUGCAACUAAAGAUUGUUCUCAUUAUCAGUUACUCCGCCCAUUAUUUGUUAAUAAAAUGUUAAAUUGUGAAAUGAGACGAGUGUAAUGUCCCGGAGCUCGAGGUGACAUCUUCAGGUGGUUUGUUCUAUCUGACCAACAGUCCUGAAAUCCAAAAUUAUGUAGUUUAUUAUCAAGUACGACAAAGAAAAGAAGAAGCUUGAAACCAGUAAAAGUUUGUCUUUUUUGCUUCAAAAAACCCACUAAAAUAAUUGUGCAAUUAUUAAAAUAGUUGCCAGUUAAUAUGAGGGUUCCCACAUAUUUCAUGGACACAAUUUCCAAACCUUUCCAUGACUUUAAAGACCCACAAUAAUGAUUUUUUAUUUCCUUAGUUAUCUGUUGAUCGACUGAUAGUUACAGCUCUAGAGAUUACCAUGUUUUCGACUUGUAAACAUUUACAUCGUCGGGCAACAUGGGACGAUUGCACUUAGUUAUUGUUUACCAUGCCAUGGCAAUAUGGCACCAUAUAUGUUUAUUACCUUGAACGGCAGACUUUAGCAGACAUGAGACGUCCACUUGUGCACUUCUGAUUAUUCUGGACGACUGAUGUGAACUCUACUUACAACUCAAACCAGUAGUUAUCAUAAUUCCGAUAUGACUUGAACGUAGCAUCGCAAAUUUGUUCGUCAGUAUUGAAGACGGCGGCAUCCUCAAAUCCAGAGUCUGUCAGAAACAAAAUGAAGUGUUCUUACCUGCUUUCCUGCCUCGUUUCAGACGUCUGAGACACACCUGUCACUCCACUGAGUUAUAUUUUUUGUGCUUUUAGGAUCAGAGCUUCAGUUUGAAAGACAAAUAUGUGAACCAAGUGAAACUAUCCUCAAACGGGUCAUUAUAUUCACAGUACUGUCACAGUCUUUAUUUCAUCGCUAUUAUUGUGAAACAAAAUCUCAUCAGUGAUCCUGCUGCAGCUUGACAGUCUCCAUCCUGCCUGAAGUGCCUGUCUCCAUCCUCUGUAGGUUUCAGCUCAGAUGUAAAACGUCAGUUUCUGGUUUUAAGUAAAACAGCAACUCCGAGUACAUGUGUCAUGCAAGGAAAGCUUGUGAAACACAUCUACACUUACUCAUGUCUGCGCCAUUGAGCCAAAAAGCUGCACAGUGCUACCACAGCCUGAUGCUAUUGGAAACAGAGAUCUCUUAUUUUAUCUCACUUUUAUCACCUUUCUGCUGUUUCUGUAAUUUGCUGUUUUGUUUCUGUUGAACUGCUUCUGUUUUAACUGCAAAUAAACAUGAAAUAAAAACACA